GGCUUCUCAGCGUUGAUCUUCCGCCAAUGUAUGGCCUCGGGCUUGUAAUCUUGCCCCUAGUGACGUUUUAGUGCUGCAACAGUCUUAUCACGACGGAAGACAAGAGAAAAAAAAAAAAAAAGUCUUUGCCACUCUCCAUAACCUGGGAUUGGAUAAGUGGAGUUUUAACUUAGCUUCCUUCGAAGAAUUUUUUUUUCUUUUACUUUUCCAUUACUGGUUGAAUCCACCACCCAGCCACACACCGGUUGUAGAUGGUCUGCAUGCUGCUCCAGCAAAAGGCAUCGGGGAGAGAACAUAGAAAAGAAAGAGGGAAAAAAUUCCCCUAGCCAUCCAGAACAACCGUAGAAGACUAGCCACUAGCGUCCUGUAUAGUUGAGAACACCAUGCCAUGAGACAAGGUCUUAAGGUUAAGAACAUACACUAUCCCCGCUUACUGGGUUGUCAACCGAUAAGUCCCAGCCUUGCAUCGACCCCAAUCAAUUCACAUCUGGGUCCAUGCAUUUAAUAAUAAAAUCCUCCUUGAACAGAUCAACGGGAUUAACCCACGUGCUACUUGAUACGUUACAAGCGGCGUGGAGAUGGUGGAUGAGAAGAGACUGGAAGACAACGGCACAUCUGCGAGUCACGCGAUCUCCUAUACUAUGCCUACGAUGGAGGAAGCUACGCCACAGCAUCAUGGCGCAGGUCCUAAUGCGCAACGAGAUAUUGAAGAAGAUAUCACUUACACGAAAGAUGUGCACUCCGAGAAGAGAGAACUACCAGAGUCGGGUUCUCUCGAUAGCAGUGGCCAGAAGAAGGAUGAUAAAGACGAGGAGGCAGGUGAAAACGUUCCGUCGCGGUCGUGGCGCCGCUAUCGCCCGUGGUUGAAGCAUGUUGUCUACGCCGUCAUCUGGCUCUUGUUCACCGGCUGGUGGAUUGCCGGUCUCAUCCUCCACCGGUAUGAUCUGGGCUGGUUGAUCCCAUUUUUGCUCUACCUCGCGAUUACAUUGCGCCUCCUCUUUCUCUAUGUUCCCAUCUCGAUUUUAACCAGACCAGUCUACUGGAUAUGGAACAAGACCGCUUCACGAUUCGUCGACAUGAUCCCAGAAAAGCUAAGAAUCCCCAGCGGUGCGCUCUUGACGAUUGCAGUGAUUAUCGUCGGCUCUUUUGCCUCGCCGGAGUCUGCUGACAAUACCCGCGCAAAUCGGGCCGUCAGCCUCUUUGGACUAAUUGUUUUCCUCUUUGUCUUGUGGCUUACCUCAAGAAAUCGGAAGAAGAUUAUCUGGCAUACUGUCAUCGUGGGAAUGCUUGUGCAAUUCAUCAUCGCACUCUUCGUCCUCAGAACCAAGGCGGGAUAUGAUAUCUUUAAUUUCAUUUCCACGUUGGCCAGAGAACUCUUGGAGUUCUCCAGACAAGGUGUGGAUUUCUUGGUGGAAACUGGUUGGGCCGAUAAGCACAGCAGCUGGUUCCUCGUUAGUGUGGUCCCGGCUAUCAUCUUCUUCGUGUCUAUCGUGCAGUUACUCUACUACACUGGAGUUCUCCAGUGGGCAAUUGGCAAGUUUGCCGUAUUCUUCUUCUGGGCAAUGCGCAUCUCGGGAGCUGAAGCUGUGGUGGCAGCUGCAUCUCCUUUUAUCGGACAAGGCGAGUCGGCCAUGCUUAUCAAGCCUUUCGUUCCCUAUCUUACGAUGGCGGAAAUUCACCAAGUCAUGUGCUCUGGAUUCGCUACCAUCGCAGGAUCAGUCCUGGUAUCCUUUAUCGGAAUGGGUUUGAACCCCCAAGCGCUGGUUUCCUCGUGCGUGAUGAGUAUUCCGGCAUCCUUGGCAGCAUCUAAGCUGCGCUGGCCCGAGGAAGAGGAAACGCUGACAGCUGGCCGUAUUGUCGUCCCUGAAGAUGAUAGCCACAAAGCAGCCAACGCCCUUCACGCAUUCUCCAACGGAGCCUGGAUGGGUAUUAAAAUUGCAGGCAUGAUUGCCACUACACUUUUGUGUAUCAUCUCCCUUGUGGGUCUUGUUGACGGCCUGUUGACCUGGUGGGGUCACUACCUGAACAUUUACGAGCCGGAUUUGACCAUUGAGCUCAUUGUUGGCUACAUCUGCUACCCGAUUGCAUUCCUUCUUGGUGUCUCCCGCAACGGUGAUCUCCUGAAGGUCGCUAAACUCAUCGGCACCAAGCUUGUUAUGAACGAGUUCAUCGCAUACGAUUACCUACAGAACAAAGAUGAAUUCCAAACCCUGUCACCCCGCUCCCGGCUGAUCGCCACUUAUGCCCUGUGCGGUUUCGCGAACAUCGGUUCUCUCGGAAACCAAAUUGGUGUGCUGGCCCAACUAGCACCCAGCCGAGCUGGUGAUGUGUCUCGUGUUGCCGUCAGCGCCAUGCUCACAGGCGCCAUCAGUACUCUGACGAGUGCGGCCAUCGCGGGUCUGCUAAUCACGAAUGAAGAGCAAUACCUCUCAACAUCCUCAUAACAAUGCGGGGACAUUGGAUCUGAGCAUGUGUCGUGCUACUUGAACUGUACUAUUUAAUUGCGGGUGUUCUUUUACCGUUUUCUUCCCUGUUCGCUAUUUGCCGUCUAUUUCG